AGCGUUAAUGGGGUAAUUUUUUAUGCAACAAUAAGAGAUAAUGGAGAAGAUAAUAGCAGUAGUUGUUUCUGAUCUAGAUACCAGUGUCGCUAGGCUCUUCAGUAGCCGUGGAAGUCUGCCACAUCGGAUGGUGGACCCCAACCUAACCUAACCAUAGCAGAGAAGAAUGCUCUCAGUUCCAACUCCAUCCCCAUGUUGUUCGGCAUCUAUACUAUAAGGAACUAUAAGCUUUAUUAACCACCUUAAUAUUUUUUACCUCUUUAUUUACUUUUUCAUCACAUUCACAUACUUCUACCUAGAAUUCUUGUUCACAAGAAAUAAUGGUCGCCUUCACAGCGAACGAUAAGAUCUCAGACGUCCUUCUCCUUGGAGAGGAGGACUUUCCGUUCACGGAG